AUGUUCAGCAUUACACCUCUCAUAAAUUUCUUGUUGUUGUUCACCAAUGCUCUCCUCGUCCGCGGACUAGAUGCCUCCUUGACGCUCGCUGACGUGCGCCAGGCCUUUUACGAAGCCGAUAUUCCACAAGAUGCCAACCUCACCUUCAACCCCAGUGUGUUCCUACAAGUUAUCUUCCCUCAGGAGUCGUCCUCGCUAUCUAUCGUGCUAUACACACCGGGAACGAAUUUGAGCGUUGCUGCUGUUGCACUCGAGCCCGUAUUUGCUCUUGUCGGGCCAGCUCUUUCGAAGGAUUUUGUGGUCAUAAUGGUGGACCUUGAUGUGCCGUCGCCCUCGGACCCAUACCUUGGGCCCUAUCGACACUUCCUAGGAGGCGACUACGUGCCUCUAGACUUCACACCGCUGGGUGCAUUCCUGCUCGGUAAUCUCACUAAACCUGUGUCAAGUUGGGUAUCGCCUGCGCCCGAUAGUGUAGCUCCUCACCGAUAUGUGUUACUUGUAUAUGAACAGCCCACAGAUUUUUCUGGACAGACACUUAUCACUACGAACACGUCGCGCUACAACUGGGACAUGAGCGCGUUCGUCAGGGCCAUAGGGAUGGGUGAUCCGAUUGGCGGGACUUACAUGCUUGUCGGAGCUUAA